GUUUCCGGUUGGGAGGCGGACACAAGAUGGCGGCUGUGACACAAGAUGGCGGCGUGACUGCGCGGGGCCGACGGACAGAAGCGAUUGGGCGACGUUGCGGGUCGAGACCCUUCUUCAGACUGAAGAAAGAACGAGCGUUCUGCAGAUCCGGAGGUCGCCGCUGCUCGCUCACAGCCGCCCGGUCACCGGAGGCCACCGGCUUGCAUCUGAAGCCUCUCCGUUACCCCCGCCCGAUGUUAGAACAUUGCGACUGCGGCCGUUAUCGUCACGCGGGGCACACGAUGAGAAGGGUUUAGGAGCCGUUGCUGUGGAUGGAGAGACGGGGACGUGAGCAGCCAUUGAGGGCAGCCAGGGUGCUGGUGAGCCCCCCCCCCCUCCCCAUCUCCUUGGUGUGCGGCUGAGCUUCGAUGGAGGAACACAUGGCGGAGCACAACAAGGAGAAGCGUUGUGAGUGCGAUGUGUGUGGCAAGGCCUGGCAGUACCCAUGCCAUCUGGAGAUCCACCGGCGGGUUCACACGGGAGAACGCCCAUUCGACUGCACGGAAUGUGGCAAGAACUUCACCAGCUACUACAACCUGCAGCGGCACAACCGCGGGCACUACGGCGAGAGGCCCUUCAGCUGCUCGGAGUGCGGCAAGGGUUUCACAACGACGCAGGAUCUGAAGAAGCACCGGCGGGUGCACACGGGCGAGAAGCCCUAUGGUUGCUCCACCUGUGGCAAAAGCUUUACCCAGUUGUCGGGGCUGCUGAAUCACCGGCGGGUGCACAGCAGUGAGCGUCCCUUCACUUGCUCCGCCUGUGGCAAAGGCUUCAAGUCAUCGCCGGAACUGAAGGCGCACAGGCGCCUGCACACCGGGCAGCGGCCCUACACCUGUAGCAAUUGCGGCAAGGGCUUCACCAACUCCAGCAAACUGCUGGUGCAUCAGCGUACCCACAGCAGCGAGCGCCCCUACACCUGCGCCCAGUGCGGCAAGGGCUUCACCCGCUCCGACAGCCUGCUGUCCCACCAGCAGGUGCACGCCGGCGAUCGUCCCUUCCCCAGGCCUUUCUGCUGUUCUGACUGCGGCAAGAGCUUCAAGAGAGCACAACACCUGAAGAACCACCUGCGGGUACACACGGGCGAGAAGCCCUAUGGCUGCUCCACCUGCGGCAAGAGCUUUACCUUUUUGUCGGGGCUGUGGGUGCACCGGCGGGUGCACAGCAGUGAGCGGCCCUUCACCUGCCCCGACUGCGGCAAAGGCUUCAAGUCGCCCAACCACCUGAAGGUGCACAGGCGCGUGCACACCCGGGAUCAGCCCUGCACCUGCAGCGACUGCGGCAAGGGCUUCACCCGCUCCAGCAACCUGCUGGUGCACCAGCGCACCCACACCAGUCAGCGCCCCUACACCUGCAUCCAAUGCGGUAAUGGCUUCACCAGCUCCACCAGGCUGCUGUCCCACCAGCGGGUGCACACCGGCAACCGUCCCGUCCCCAGACUGGUGUGUGGAGAGCGCUUUGCCAUGACCUCCCACGCCCUGUCUCGCCAGAGCGAGGACACCAGUGGCCAGCCCUAUGACUGCCCGUACUGCGGUGAGGCAUUUGACAGUUCGCGAGGAUUGCGGCAGCACCAGCGGGCCCACGCCAGUGAGCGGCUGUUCCCACCGUGACAAGAGAGCACGAGGGCUGCGGGAGCACCAGCGGAUACACACCAGAGAGAGACCCUUUGGGUGUGCUGAGUGUGGCAAGGGUUUCACCCACGCGGUGAGCGUCCCUUCCCCUGCCCGUCCUGUGGUAAGUGCUUCACCUGCCUUGACCACCUGCUGGAGCACCGGCGAGUGCACACCGGCCAGCGUCCCUUCACCUGCUCACUAUGUGGCAAGGCCUAUGCCCGCUCCUCCAGCCUACUGGCACACCGCCACGUGGAUAGGUGCUGUCUGGGUAG